AGUGAUGCGCAAAAGGGCUGAGUGGAUGUAAUUAAACACGCUGGCCGCCUUCGUGUUGUUCUGUUGUUGCCUGAGACCAGACAGGCAGCGAGACUAAACACGGUCUAACGUGGAGGUGUGAGAAAGAGAAGGGGAAGGAACGGCGACGGCCCGGUGUUUUCGGCCCGAACCCAUUGUGUUGUGUGUGUGUGUCUUCGUUUUUAGCUGGAUGUCAUUAAAGACGCGUUUUAUUGUUAAAAACAAUAGGGGAGUUGACAGAAACAGGAAAAACGCGGAUGCACCAAGGUUUUCACUGCAGUAAAUCAUCCAUGUGGAGAGUCCACCGGUGGGAACUAUGCAGACUUUUGCAGACGGGCGAAUGGUUGAUGUGGUCGGAGCAGGAGGACGGAGCUGUCACAUUUCACCAAGCUGGACCUCCAGCUUAUUUUUUCUCUGUCUAUAAUUUCGCGGGGAGAGGGGAAAAAAGGGCUGGACUCAGAAGUGCUGAGUGUGAAGAAGGAGGAGGCUGGUCCCGAGUUCAGGCUGCAGUCAGGCCUAUAGGUUGUGUUUCUUGCAUGUAUAUAUAGUCGCUGCGGCUUUGGCGGCGUUUCUGUCAUAACAGUCAGAUUCUGUAAUUCAGCAGUGUGGCCAGGAGGUCACCAGCACCCUUAUUUAUGCUGGGUGGAGGGUGUGUGUGUGUGUGUGUGUGUGUGUGUGGUGUUUUUACUAGAUGUUCCCAGUUAUUGUUCCAAACAGGCCCAGAUGUUUCACCGUUCGCCUCCUCGUUCCCUGCAGGAGCUGCGACGGAUGCGGCGUCCAGGUCUCUCCAGUGUGAUGACAGACAUUACCUCAAGAACAACAGGUGCUGUGAGAAGUGCAGACCAGGCUUCCACGUGCACCGUCACUGCAACGAGUCCCAGCAGACCAGGUGCCUGUCGUGCGGCCGAGGCGAGUACCAGCCGGACUGGACCGAGAGCGCCCACUGCCACCAGCAGAAGUUCUGCGACAGCGUGAAGGGCUUCAUGGAGCGGGUGGACAACCGCCUGGCCGAGGAGCCGUGCCGCUGCCAGCCCCACCUGCAGUGCUCUCCCAUCAACUGCGAGUACUGCGAGCAGAUCCCGGCCUGCGGCGCCGGGUACGGCCUCGACGUGGACCCCGAGUCCAGCACCAGAAGGAAGACGUGCGUCCCGUGUAAGAAAGGCUUCUUCUCCCACGCUGGGGAUCAGUGCAAGCAGUGGACCAACUGCAAGGCCGAGGGCCGGAGCGAGACGCAGCCGGGCAGCGCCCAGGCCGACGCCCAGUGCGGGCCGCACGUGUCCGUGCCGACGCCGUCCUGGGUCAUCGUUUCGGUUCUGUCCGUCAUCACUGUCCUGUGCCUCCUCAUCCUGCUCCUCUUCUGCUUCAAGGACAAGCUGAAGCUGUUGUCGGUAAAUCUGCGCUCCUGUGUUCAGAAUCUGAAGAGGACUAGGAUUCAGCAGGAGACCCUGACCCCUCUUUACCAGAGCGGAGGUGCCAGGUCGCCGUGCGAGACAACCAAACUCACCUACCAAGCUUCACACGGCUCCUCGGAUGAGCCCCCGUGCCCCCCGGGUCCCGCCUCUGAUCCGGAAGUCCAGUUCUCGCUGCCCGUCACCGAGACGCAGGACACAGAGGCUCAGAGCAAGGCCCUGAUGGUGGAUCAGCGGUCUGGAGAACCGGUGGAGGUGUCGGACGACGAGGACGGCGGCGGCGCCUCGCCGCUGCUGGAGGGCUCCUGCGUGUGCGUGGGGCCCUUUUGCGAGCCGCUGGAGGUGGGGGAGAACGAGGACUGCAGCCAGGCGGUGAGCCACGGGACCGCGGGCGCGUGCUCCUGCGGAGGCCUGGACGGAGAGAGGGGCGACGAGGGGCUGAAGAGCGAGACCGCCGCCGCCUCGCUGGCCUCCGCGUCGCCUCCUCUCGGCCACGCGUCCUCCGAGGCUCCUCCAUCCAGCCUGCCUGAACACUGCCUGCCGCUGUCGCAGGCUCAGACGACGCCGGAGGCCAGACCCCACCCGGCUGAGCCGCAGUCGCUGGUGAAACGGGGCCGACCGGCGAGCGCAGACUCCUCCGUGACCCCCUGCGUCAGCCCCUCGACGUCCUCCUCGGCCGGAGACCUCUACCUGGACAAGCCGGCCCACGCCUCCGCCCCGGAGGGGGGCCGGGGGCUCCUCUGGGAGGACAAGCUCUCCUCCGGGGAGUCUGAGCUGCAGUGCUCGCCUGAGAGCCUCCACAGUCAGCUGGCUGAGCCAACUCUUACCUCAGGCCAGGUGUCGGGGAACCACAACACCACCUUCAUCUCCAGCGGUCAGGUGAUGAACUUCAGCGGCGACGUCGUGGUCGUCUACGUCAGCCAGACGUCUGUGGGCGGCGACGGGGCCGCGGCGGGCGACACCUUCGGGAGCCCGGUCCAGGAGGAGGCCAGCGAGACGGCGCCCUUCUUCCAGAGCAGCCUGAGGUCACAGGGGAACCCGGGUCCCCGCAGCGCCUUGCAGGACGAGACACUACCAGUACAAGAAGUGAUGGAGAAGCGGCCAGUGAGAAAGUAGAAAUACCAGACUGUUGUAUUCGUAGUACAGUCGUCGGGCAGGUUUAUGAGGGUUGAUCAUUAGUUUUUUUUAUAUGUGAAGCCAUUGAUGGAAAUGAUGUAAUGUUUGGAAUGUGAUCUAAAAUAACUUGUCCCAUUUUAUAUAUUAGUCACACCCAUCUCAGACAUGUCUCAAACAUGUCCACCCCUCCCUCCCCCAACCCAGACAAUAAUAGGGAAUUUUGUUGGGAAUAGGUUGUGGAAAUCAAGAUCACACUGGAAGAACAUCGUGUUUUUUAUGGUUGAAUGGAAAAUAUGUUCUUCCUGAUACAGGCUUAAUGUUUGACCUCUUCAAGCCUUUCAACAUUGGACAGUCCAGGUUAAAGAUUUUAAACAAUAUAGGUUGACACUUGGAUGAUUUCAACAGGUUUUUUUUACAUGAGGAAAUAUCCACCAUGUGGAAAUAAUAGUGUGUGCUCCCACAAAACCAUGCAAUAGGAGUCGAUGUUUUUAUGGGAGGAAAUUCAGUUUAUUAUCUGUCGCUGCAGAAUUAAAAGUUUCUAGAAGUAUGAUGUAUGAUUUUAAAAAGCAUUUCACUGGGUGAAAUGUUCUAGUUUCAAUUUCUGUGGUUUUCAGAGUCUAACAAAAGCUAUUUUACAGUAUGAGACAGAUUGAACCUAGGUCCGAUGCGUGUUUUUUAUUCUGUCGCAGGUUUGUUUCUCAUCUCAUUGCGCCACAGGUGCAGUUUGUGUCUAAGAAGAAAAUGCUAUGCAUUUGUUAAGCUAUUUUAUUCUAGUGUUUUUGUUUAUGUUGUGUCAAGUUUUAAAUUCCAAGACCUAAUGAAGAAGAGUAAAAUGUCGGCCUGUUUAUAAUGUUCUGUUUUAAAGUAAUUUUGCCAACUAGAUUGUUUACAUAAUGUUUAGAUUAUGGUGUGAUCUGUGUUUGUAUCUGUCGGAGCGUCAGGGGGACCUUUCCCUCUCAUUUGAUUAGCGGUGUGGAUGUGGUGCUGGAGUGGGCCAUAGCUGCCAAAACGCACACUCUCUAUGAGUUAAAGGGCUUGCGCAACUACACCCUCAUCAUAUGUACGCAACUUUGCAAUAAUUAUACACAUAUCAAUCAAACUUUGUCAAAUGAAUGAUUGAAGAUGUUUUAAAUUGAAAUUAAAUAUGUUUUGCAUCUAAACCUUU